AUGCCUGGAAGGCCGCCAGGGAAGGCGCCGGGCACCGGGCGACGAGGGGGCCGGCGGGGCCCAGGUGAGGCGGGGGUCGGAGCACCCCAGGUACCAGCGGCGGCGCAUUCCACGGGCGGAGGGCGGGUGGCGCGGGGCGGGGAGCGUGGCGGCGGGGGGGUGGCCGGGGGGCGGGGGGGUGGGGCGCCAGUGACGUCACCCGGGAGCCGCUUCUUAAGCGGGCACGGUCGGGCCGGGGCGGAGAGGGCCGGUCGCAGCGCGGUGGCGAGUCGCUGUAGCCGCCGCGGCUCGACAGCGGCAGGAGCCGCCGCCGCAGCGCAGAGGAGACGAGACGUGCCGGCCGCCGGCGGAGCGGUGCUGGCUGAGCCUGGGGCCGGGGGAGCGCCCGCCGCCGCCGCCGCCGCCCGAGCCGCGGAUAGAAGCCUCGGGAGCCGCCGCCGCCACCGCCGCCGCCACCACCGCCCGGCCGGACCCCACCGCCACCCGCGCGCCCUCGGGCCCCCGACACACAUGAGAUUCUUCAGGCUCACUUUCAAGUGCUUCGUGGACUGCUUCUGACCGCGACUCGCCCUCCGUCCCGCACCCCGCCCGCCCCGUCCCCCGGCCCGGCCGCCCCGAGGCCCCCGGGCGGGCCCGCGCCUUCGGGGCCCCCAGUGCCCCCCACCCGUCCGCCAG